AUGACACCCAUUUUGUACAAAUGCGUAAACACACAAUUGCACACAUAUUUCAUCAGACCGGAUCAGCAGGCCUGUCUUGCGGUGCUUUGUCAGGAGUGCUUGGGCACUCAGUUGCUCAUAGCCCCAUUGCCCAGAUACACAUCAGCCGGAUCGGAACACUUCAUUCCCUGGAGGGCCGGUUGCCUCGCGCGGACUCGAGCUCGGACUUGUCGUGAGAAACGAUCUCGCAGACGCAGCCAAACGGAGGAGGUCGAAGGCAGACCAUCUGACAAGGCAGAUGUGCACAUGAAUGGGACUGAAGAGGUGGACAGGAGGGAGAAUGAGGACCCGGCUGGAGAACAAGCCGACGAGAGGGAAUUGUUGCGAUGGCAAAUGGUGAAGCGACUAAUUGACCCGGUGAGUGGGACCAAUCUAUACCUUACUGAAUCUCAAACCUUGUUUUCGGGCCCGUAG